UAUCAGUAAUCAGUAUAUAUGUCGGAAGAUGGUGGCCAAUUUUGAUUCACAAGGCCACUUUGUUUCUAAUCAUAAGUUAACUGAGCGUGUAGGACAUAAAUUGUGUCAGUCUUAUUGUCAGAGAAAGACAGAAAAAGGAAAAAAAAUUAAUGGAGUUGAGACGUUUUUGGUGGUGGGUAUUGUUAGUUUCGGUUCAAUUAGGUAUGAAUGGGUGUUUUGGUUGCUGGGAGCAAGAGAGAAUUGCUCUCAUGCAACUUAAAGCUUCCAUGAUCAACUGCUCAUAUGGAAACCAUAAUUUUGCAUCUUGGGACUCAACCAACAAAGAGAGUGAUUGCUGUGAGUGGGAAAGAGUCAAGUGCAACAUCACUACUGGACAUGUAAUCCAACUUGAUCUUAAUCAAGUGUGCUCUUGGUCUCCUUUGUAUUCCGAAAGUCCAAGUUGGUACCUGAAUGCCUCUCUAUUUCUUCCUUUUGAAGAGCUCAAAUACCUCCAUUUGAGGGAUAAUUUCAUUUCUGGAUGGGUCUCAAAUGAAGGUUUUGAAAGAUUCCCCAUGUUGAGCAAGCUGGAGGUGCUUGAUUUGAAUGGUAAUAAUUUCAAUAACAGUAUUCUGUCAUCAUUCAGUGCAAUGGCCUCGCUUAAGAAACUAGAUUUGAGUUACAAUAAUUUGCAUGGAGCAAUAAUCGACAUCCGAGAAUUUAAAGCAUUUAGCAGCUUGGAGGAGCUCUACUUAAUGGGAAAUUGGAUCAGUGGAUUCGUGGCAAUAAAAGAGUUGGGUGCACUAAACAAGCUAAAGCAGUUGCGUUUGGAUGAUUCAUCCAUUGAUAAAAGCUUCCUUCAUAUGGUCGGAGUUCUCACUUCUCUUAAUGUAUUGACAAUGUCACACUGUGGAUUCAGUGGCAGUUUACCUGCCCAAGGCUGGUGUGAACUUAAGAAACUCCAAGAGAUAGACAUCAGUCACAAUCGUUUUGAUGGGAUACUGCCUUCAUGUUUGGCGAAUUUGACAUCACUUCAAGUAUUGGAUCUCUCUUAUAAUCACUUCAAUGGGAACAUUGCCCUCUCCCAAUUAUCCAGUUGGACAUCACUUGAAUACCUUUCUUUGUCAAAUAAUGACUUCUUGAACCCUAUCAGUUUGUCCUGGUUUUUCAACCACUCAAAUCUUAAAGUCCUAUUAAAUGAGAACAAUAAAAUAGCUUUCGAACCUAACUCUCAUGGUGGGACUCCAACCUUCCAGUUGGAAUUUCUCAUUAUGUCUAACUGUUCAUUUGACGGACUCAAAAGAACACCCAGAUUUCUUCAAUACCAAUAUGAUUUGCAAGUAGUUGAUCUCUCCUUCAACAAUUUGGUUGGGAAGAUCCCUACUUGGUUGGUAGAGAACAACACAAGAUUGGUCUGUCUUGUUUUAAUGAAUAACUCUUUCACAGGGCCUUUCAGGGUGUCAAAUGAUAUUCGUCCCAACAUUAGGUACAUUGAUAUUGCAGUUAAUUACAUAGAAGGCCCAAUUCCAGCAAACUUCAGUUUAAUUUUUCCAAAUUUAGAGUACUUAAACAUGUCCAACAAUGCACUUCAAGGAAGUAUUCCUUCUUCCUUUGGGAAUUUGGUUUCCUUAUGGAUUCUAGACUUGUCUAAGAACCAAUUAUCAGGAACAAUACCAAUGCAUUUCGCAGUCGGCUGCUACUCAUUAGCAUUUCUCAAAUUGUCAUAUAAUAAUUUAAGUGGCCAAAUAUUUCCUACCAAUUCUAAUAUGACAGCAUUGUCAUAUUUGUAUUUGGACAACAAUAAAUUUUCAGGAAAGAUCCCGAAAAGCAUCUCAAUAGUAAGUUAUGGGUCAAUUGAUUUUAGUAAUAACUAUUUAUCGGGCAUGAUUCCAACAUGGAUGGGGAACAUGUCCGGUUUGAAUUUACUUUCUAUGGCUAAAAAUCAGCUUGAAGGUCCUAUUCCAUUUGAGCUGUGCAAACUAGAUCUUCAAUUACUUCACCUGUCCUACAACAAUUUGUUUGGCUCCAUUCCAUCUUGUUCCAAUUUGUCACGCACUGAAUUUCUAUAUCUGAAUAAAAAUUCGUUGAGUGGUCUAAUUCCAAGUUCAUUAAUCCUAAACACUUCCGAUCUAAUUGGGCUAGAUCUUCGAGAUAACCACCUAACCGGAAACAUUCCCCAUUCAAUUGGUAGCCUCCCAAGUUUAAGAAUUCUCCUCUUGAGGGCAAAUCAUUUACAAGGAAGGAUUCCAAUUCAAUUAUGCCUUUUGCAGACCUUAAACAUGUUAGAUCUUUCCUACAAUAAAUUUUCAGGUCCAAUACCUCAUUGCUUGAGUAACAUUACUUUGAAGGCAUCUUUUCAAGAAGAUGAUUUACGAGGUCUCUCAUCAGGAUUGGGUUCUACUAAUAGCUUUCUUCCUUCAUUGCCAUACUUUGAAACAAAGUAUACAACCCCACCAGAUGAGGAAUUUCCCAGAAUUCAUUGGGGCGCUUCUCUGAAUGUGAAACCAGAAGCAGAGUUCACAACAAAGAGAAUAACUUACUCCUAUAAGGGUGACAUCCUUCAAUAUAUGUUUGGAAUUGACCUCUCAUGCAACAGAUUAGUUGGUGAAAUCCCGCCCGAGCUUGGAAGUAUGAGCAACAUUCGUGCAUUGAACUUGUCACACAACAGUCUAUCCGGACCAAUACCUGUAACAUUCUCAAAUUUAAAACAGAUAGAAAGUCUGGAUCUUUCCUACAACAAUUUGAAUGGUAAAAUUCCACUUCAGUUGACAGAAAUGACCUCUCUAGCAGUCUUUAGUGUGGCACACAACAACUUAUCAGGCACAACACCGGAUAGAAAAAAUCAAUUUGGAACAUUUGAUGAAAGCAGUUACGAUGGGAACAUUUUCCUGUGUGGACCUCCAUUACAAAAUAAUUGCACCAAAAUGAGACCACCAUCUACAAUGCCAGUGGAUAAUGAAGGGGAAGAAGGUGAUAUUUUCAUGGACAUGGGUGUCUUCUACAUAAGCUUUGUGGGGGCUUACAUAACAGUCCUAUUGGGAAUUGUUGCAGUUCUUUUCAUAAAUCCAUACUGGCGUAGGGCGUGGUUUAACCUUAUUGAAGUGUGUAUUGACACUUGCUACUGUUUUGUUGUGGUUCAUUACCAUAAGUUGUUCAAUUACAGGAGUGCAUAGCCUUGCAUUGCUACUGUUUUGUUGUGGUUCAUUACCAUAAGUUGUUUGAUUUCAGGCUUGCAUAGCCUUCCAUUUUAAUGAUUACAUAUAUGAGUGUCUCUUCUUGUUGGAUUUUGAAUCUAAAGAUUGAAUUUUAAUA